CAGGUCGCGAGCACCUAGCAAGGCGAUGGAACGAUAUGAACGCCUGGGACGACUUGGUGAAGGCAGCUACGGCGUCGUCUUCCAAUGCAGAGAUCGACAAACAGGCCGUCUCGUUGCUGUUAAAAAAUUUCAACAGACCGAGGACGAUCCACUUAUAAGAAAGAUCGCACUUAGAGAGAUUAGACUACUUAAAAAUCUGAAACAUCCAAAUCUGGUAAAUCUAUUAGAGGUAUUCAGACGAAAGCGUAAGUUGCACCUUGUGUUUGAAUACUGCGAGCAUACGCUUCUGAAUGAAAUGGAGAAAUUUCCAACCGGCUGCCCCGAGCUUAUGACGAAACAGUUAAUAUGGCAGAUACUGCAGGGAGUGGCUUAUUGUCAUAGGCUCGGCUGCGUACAUCGCGAUGUUAAACCUGAAAACAUCCUAAUAACUAGUGAAGGAAUUGUCAAACUUUGCGACUUUGGUUUUGCGAGAAUGUUGAGCCCAGGCGAGAAUUACACCGAAUAUGUGGCUACGAGAUGGUAUAGAGCUCCGGAAUUACUUGUAGGUGAUACGCAAUAUAGUACAGCUGUGGACGUCUGGGCGAUUGGUUGCGUGUAUGCAGAACUAAUACGUGGCGAAGCUCUUUGGCCUGGCAAAUCCGACGUAGAUCAGCUAUAUUUAAUAAGACGGACUUUGGGAGAUUUGCUUCCAAGGCACAUGGCUAUCUUUCAGCAAAAUGAGUUCUUUAUGGGAAUGAGCCUACCGGCACCGCAUACACUCACGCCGCUCGAAAUCGCAAUGCCCAGCACCAACAACUCUACACUACAGUUGGACUUUUUAAAAAAGUGUCUUGAUAAAAAUCCAGAUGAACGAUGGUCAUGUGACCAAUUACUGCAACAUCUUUAUUUUGAAAAUUUUUACUUUAAAGUACCGGAGAUAGAAAUGGAAGAAUUUGAAAAACUUCGAAAUUUUCGAGAAAGAACAAAGCAUACGAACAUCAGUCAAAUGGUACUCCCUCAGCUUCCAAAGGCUGGCGGUUUUCCUAAUAGCCACAAUCAAAAUGACAACCGACCGCGAAGCUCCUCACUGCAUCAACAAAGUUUUGAUCACUUACCUUUUAUAAGAGGCUAACCAGACGAGCAUUCUUUUUAAGCAUUAUAAAGUAUAAAUAGAUCUCUCUGUGAUUACAUACUAAUUUAUUAAUUUAUUAAAUGAAA